GACAAAAGCAACGUGCUGCAACGUGUCGACAUUGAGCUGAGAAGUAUAUACCUUUUUUUUUAUUUGCAACUACAGCUCGUAAUGGCAGCUGAAGUUCAACAUUUCGAACCACCGAGCUCAGCAAGCUCUGAAAGCGAUGGUGAUAUAUGUCUAGAAGAUCGGGCUGUGUUCCUUGCAGACGGUGCCAGUGAUGAUGGUGAUGACACCAGAGAACUUGUUAAUCCUUCACCGCAAGUUCCUCCACGACCGGCUUCAACUGGUUCGCAAAAAUCACCGAGAUCAAGAAGGCAACGAACGACAAGUAUGUCACAAUCAAGCAAAAAAACUUCUACGGAAUGUAUUUUACGUAGUAAGCUCAGAACAAUUUAUAUAGCAGGCAGACCUGCGUGGUAUGAUUCCGCUGGACAGCAAGUUGAACCUUUUGUAAUAGGGAUUUGUGGAGGAAGUGCUUCAGGUAAAACUACAGUCGCAACGAAGAUAAUUGAAUUUCUAAAUGUCCCUUGGGUCACAUUAUUGAGCAUGGAUUCAUUUUAUAAAGUACUCAAUGAAAAGCAGCAUCACCAAGCAGCACUGAAUGAGUACAAUUUUGACCAUCCCGAAGCCUUUGACUUUGAAUUAUUGAAACUUACUUUACAAAGACUUAAAGAAGGACGAAAAGUUGAUGUUCCUAUUUAUAAUUUUGUGACACAUAGUCGCGAAAGUCGCACUAAAACUAUGUAUGGUGCAAAUGUGAUCAUAUUUGAGGGCAUUCUUACAUUUUACAACGCAGAAGUAUUAAAGAUGUGUGAUAUGAAAGUAUUCGUCGACACUGAUGCAGACGUGCGGCUGGCUCGGCGACUCCACCGAGAUAUAUCGCAGCGAGGUAGAGACUUAGAAGGUGUAUUGAAACAGUACUCAGCGAUGGUUAAACCGGCUUAUUGUUAUUACAUUGCACCUUCUAUGGUACACGCAGAUAUUAUUGUACCACGUGGUGGCGAAAACGAAGUUGCGAUUAAACUCAUUGUUCAACAUGUCCAUACACAAUUACAGCUGCGAGGAUUUAAGUUACGAGAGAAGCUGGCUCACUCAUACACUGGACAGCCAUUACCUAGUGUAUACAUGUUACCCGAUACUCCGCAAGUAAAAGGACUCCAUACACUUAUACGAGAUAAAAACACUGAGAGAGAUGAGUUUAUAUUUUACACCAAGCGUUUAAUACGUUUAGUUAUUGAGUAUGCGCUUUCUUUAUUACCCUACAAGGAUGUUGUGAUCGAUACACCUCAGGGUAUACCGUACCAUGGAAAACGGGUCGCUUCAAAUAAAAUUUGUGGAGUAUCAAUAAUGCGAGCCGGGGAAACAAUGGAACAAGCGCUUUGUGACGUUUGUAAAGAUAUACGUAUUGGAAAAAUAUUGAUACAAACAAAUGAAAAUACUGAUGAACCAGAGCUCUUUUACCAACGACUGCCAAAGGAUAUAAAAGAUUAUCGUGUGAUUCUGAUGGACGCGACAGUUGCUACAGGCGCAGCUGCAGUAAUGGCGAUUCGAGUCCUAUUGGAUCACGACGUCGCAGAGGAUAAUAUUUUCGUGGUAUCACUUUUAAUGGCAGAACCCGGCGUUCAUUCAAUAGCUUACGCGUUCCCACGAGUUAAAAUCGUAACCUCGGCGAUCGAUCCCGAGAUAAACGACCGUUUUUAUGUUAUACCGGGUAUUGGAAAUUUCGGUGACCGGUAUUUCGGCACUGAACCUCUCAAUGAUUUAGAGUAA